AUGCCAAAAAAGGGUAAAUGCUUAAAAGUGUCUGACGUUUUAAAUAAAUGGUUGCAGCCAAGAAUUGAAUCAAAGUUGGAGAAUGGGAUAACAGCAGAGCAAGCUUUAGAAGAUAUUGUUAAAGAAAUUGCAAUCAACUCUCUUUCUCAACUUCCACUACCAUUGUUUUCUAGUUCGAUGAUAGCUUUGGCACAACUUGGUGAUAAAAAUAGAUUGGAAAUUAUGGAAAAGAUCAUUGCUAUAUCACCAAAUCCUGAGUUUGCAACAAAAACAAAAACAACUACUGAUGGCAACGAUGGUAGCGGUGGCAGUAGUGUAGUGGCUGAUAAAAUUCGUGAUUAUUUGAUUUUGAAGCUUCUAUCAUCUUCAACAUCUUCGUCAUUGAUGUUGUCUUCUUCUUCACAAGAAGAUUCCUUCUCUAGUAAAGUUUCAAUAGAAAUUAAACCUAAACUUAUGGAUAUUGCAAAGACUGUUUUACAAAACUCUUAUAAUAAUAACAUUCGAAAAAAUUUGGCUAGAAAGUAA